UAUUCGACAUUUUCCUCUUGGUGGAUAUCACAAUUAUUUAAGGAACUUUCAAAGCGAGAGAACUUUCGUAGAUCCUCGAACAAUGCUGCUAAACUCUGCUUCUGCACUUGAUUUUCUGCCCAAUAAGCAUCUGUGUAGGCUUGAAUACCUAUCUGCUGGACAUCUCAGGCAGCAUGAAAAUAAAAGUGUAAGACUCUGUUUGAUAUAUGAAAUUCAAAUUAUAAAAUUUAAAUUGGGAAUAACAAUUAUUACAUUGUUGUUUUGGUAUCACAAAUAUGUGGGUUUAGAAUUGAUAAUGCCAAAAAUGAAUUGAAAAUGGAGAAUUCAAUUUCACUCAAAUGAAUCGUGUGUAGAAUUUUAACUCUCUUACAAUUCCAUCUCAUUCCGUGCACCAAAAGGACACUAAAUUGAAGUAAUUUUCCUAGCCGUCCUUCAAGAAGCCAAAUCAGCCUUGAAGAGUAGUAAGAGGACGGGUGCAGAACCGCCUUCAAAGAAAGCCCACCUUUCUCGCCGACGUAGUCGCCACCGCACUAUCCAUAUUCACUCUCUUCUCUUCUUCCAAAUCGGCCAAUACCAUCCUCCAGAAACUCUCACCCCUCACCCCGUUCCCUAAAAUCGCCGCCAUGUUCUUGCCCGCUUCGAAUGGACUCAGAAACCCUAGCCUCACUUUCCCGACCCCGCAGUCCCUCUCCGAUUGGCUCAACCCCCGUUUGCCAUCGGACUCUUUCGCCUCUUGGGGUGUAAAGCCCGGAACCAAGAACGUCAUCAACCUCUGGAUUGAAAUCUCUGAGGGCGAAUCCUCCCUGUCCGAUUCCGUGCCUCCGAUCCGGACGCUGGAGGUCGUUUCAGUCCGGGUCAUUCGGAAAGACAACAAAGUCCUCGUCGAAUCGCACCAGGAAUUGUCCGACGGCAGUGUCAGGAACCGAGGCCGGCCCCUGUCCGAGAAAAUGAAACCUUGCGAGAGUGUCGAAUCUGCUGUUCUUCGUGCAAUUAAAGAAGAGCUAGGCCAGAUAGUUGGCCGGGACUCUGAUUUUAAGGAGAUUGUGAGAAUACGACCCAAUUCGUAUGCGAAGAAGGUGGAGGAGAGGGUUUCGGUGUCAUACCCGGGGUUGCUGGCUCGCUAUGUCCUGCACACCAUUGAUGCCACAGUUGAAGGUCUCCCGGAAGGAGAUUUCUGGACUGAAGAGGUAGAAGAAUACGAGGGUCUUGGCGAUAGAGGAGUCGCUGAGGGAGCUAUUACAUGUAAAAAACAUGUUUGGAAAUGGGUCGAUUCAUAUUCGGUUUGACUCUUUGCUCCUUGAUCAGGGGUUGGUUGUGUACUCUUAGCAAUGUAUGACAGUAUGAGUGCUCUUCAUUCUCUGAUAGCCUUAUAUGCAGCAAUGUAAGAAAUGCUGGAACGAUUAUGCUCAAAUCUAUACAGUGUUUAUGAGUUCAAUAUCAACUAUCAGGAUAUCAAAGUUUCCAUCUGCGCACAAUCCAGUGAGCUUAAGACACGUUCUGCUGGAUAUGCUGUGAUAUUUGAAACCAGAUCGGAAGGUGUCAUGGAGGGAUUGGUGUAACGAGCAAGUUACAAAAGAGUUAGAAACAAAAUCAAACUCUUUCCUUACU